UUAAUCUGUGCUUUUAUUUUUCUGAUUCAUCAAAGGAUACUUACUGCUAUGCCAUAAAUAAAUCUAAAAUAAACGUAAAUAAAUAAUUUUAGUCAUGUUGUGUUUAAUUAAAGUGAAUAAAAGGAAUGUAGUGCCUUAUUGGAUCUAAUUUGUUGUUAUUUGUCGCUCUGGACUUUCCUGUUAGGGAUGAUCUCAUUGACGCGCUGACAUUAGUUUCUGCAUAGCGAGAUUUUAAUCGUUUUAUUUAUUUUACCAUUGCCCAAGUCCAAUGACCUUGUGUUUUUCACUUUAUUAAUUGAAGAUAUUUCGCCAAAAUGAAGAAGCAAUUUUAUAGAGUAAAGCAACUAGCGGAUCAAACAUUUUCAAGAUCUGGUAAAGGGGAAGCAUUAACAGAUGAGCUCCAAACAGCUGAUCGGAAAGUGGAACAACUCCGCCAUGCCUUGCAACUUAUCAGCAAACGCCUGGCUACUGGUGCUGGCAGCACUCAAGGACAAGACCCAGCAGCACGGGAGAAAAGAUUAAAAAAACUCCCUGAAUACCUCCUUGGUCUAUCAAUGUGUGAAGCCAGCAAUUUUGAUGAUGAUGACAGCAUUUUGAAGUACAUCCUGCAUGAAUGUGGAAAAACGGAGAAAUUUCUUGCAAACGAGAUUGCUGAGCAUGAGUUGAAGGUAGAGCAGUUGGUUUGCGCUCCUCUGUCCACCAUCAGUGAUCAAGACCUGCCUGCCAUCAUGAAGGCAAAGAAACAGCUUAGCAGACUUAUAAGUGAAAAAGAAUCCGCGACAAGCAGAUAUCAGCACUUGGAACGUCAAAAAGAAGAAAAUCCAACAAAAUUGAAUGCUGCUCGGGAAGAGUUGGAGGAAGCUGGGACGCGCGUUGAGGCAGCCAGGGAUGCAUUAGCGGCCGACAUGUUCGCGCUCGUUGCGAAAGAGGCCCAACUAGCUCACACUCUCUUGCAGUACGUCAAACUGCAGAGAGCAUACCAUGAAUCUGCAUUGCACUCCCUGCAAGAUACUGUACCAGAGCUGGAGAGAGUUAUAAAUGACAGUGCAGUGAAACCUGUAUUCGGGUAUCCCUUAGAAGAGCAUUUAAGGGUGGCAGGACGGACUAUAGCAUUCCCCAUAGAAUUAUGUGUUUGUACGCUACAUGAAUUGGGCCUUAAUGAAGAAGGACUAUUCAGAAUUGCUGGUGGUACAUCCAAAGUGAGAAGAAUGAAGUUGUCGUUAGAUGCAGGACUAUUCAACGUGCCUUUACCACGGGACUACAGGGAUAUGCAUGUAGUGGCUUCAGUACUGAAGUCGUAUCUCCGCGAACUGCCCGAACCUCUACUCACAUACCGUUUAUACGAAAACUUCAUCGCCGCGUCGCGUCAACCUACAGAACAAAUGCGACUGAAUGCUCUCUGGGAAACUAUUCAUUUUUUACCCAAAGCUAAUUUCCAAAACCUUAGGUACAUUAUAAAAUUUUUGUCCGCUUUGACCCAAAAUCAAAGCACGAACAAAAUGACUCCUUCAAACUUGGCUAUUGUGAUUGCUCCGAAUCUUUUGUGGGCGGCAGACGAAAGCACUUUCGAUAUGAACAUCACGACAGUGGUCAACUGCGUCGUAGAACUUCUAAUAAAGCAUGCAGACUGGUUUUUCAAAGAUGACAUAAAUUUCUUUGUAUCCUUUACUAGAGAAGAUCUACUUCCUAAUCAGAAUGAAUAUGGAACUGCACCAGCUUAUGACCACAAUGCUAUUAAUCAAGAACAUUCGAAUGGUGAUUACAACAGUAUGAGUAAAUCUAUGUACGAUUAUUCUCACAGUACACAGAAUAGGAGCAACGUCGAUGGGGCUGGUCGCCACUCUAGAAGUAACAGUCACGACACUAGUUUAAUAUUGUUAGAAAACGAUAUUAAAAAAGCUCAAUCUAAUAGCUCACUAUCUGACCAAUCUAGUCCACCGCACGGUAGUCCCAAACCGAUACUGAGGCGGAAAAAUAAGCCACUAGCUCCCGUGCCGCCUAGUUUCACGCCAGACAAAAGCCGGAAGGCGGAAACACAAACUCAAACAUCAGACCCGACCAAAGACUCCAUCGCCGCGCCGAAAGACGAGAAGCCUGCGAAACCUCCGAGACCCGUCGUAUCGGACACUGGAAAGGUAAUAUCAGGCGUGCAAACGAUAAACAGAUCCACAUAUAGACAAAACAAAGCCAUGAAGGAUGAGACCAGAAGUGGCAGCCGCGAGAAUUUACUGGACAUCCGUCGGCAAAGUCUCGAACUCGAGAAGGAUAAACUGGAAAACGUGAAGGGAGGGGACAGAGAAACCACGCUCAUAGUGAAAAACGUGACCGCUCAGACAGGCGUCGUCGGCAGGAUGAAGGUGGUCGGCGAAGCGGCGAGUGGGCCGGCAUCGCUCGGGUUCGAGAGAGUGGCCAAGCCGGUAGCUAAGCCCGGCGUGCCAGCGGCGCAACCCCCGCCGCGGCCCGUGGCGGCGCCGCGGACCGUGCUCCUGGCGCCUACCGACGACCCCGAACUACAGCUGCGCCACAAGCCCGCCGUGCCCGAGCGUCCGGCUACGUUGCGCCCACAGAGCUUCCGCGGUGCCCGCAGCUCCGUCUCCGACGCCGACUUGGCGCCCACAGUUCUCGAGCGCACACAUAUGUACACAGUGGACAAACAUCAACCCACGGUCAUUCAAGUGGGUGCCAGUGGAGAACGCGAGACCGAUGACGGGCCGCGCGCGACAGUGCAACGGACCCACAGCUCUGGCGGUAAGGACGCCGAGCUGGACGAGCAGAAGUGUUUGACCAGCGCGAGCCGACAACUAUCGCAGUCGGAGGGCAGCAUCACGGAGGUACCGCAGUCGCCUCGACCGUUGCCGUCGCGGCCCCCUCCGCGGCCGCAGGUCCCCGCUCCGCCGCCGCCCAUAGCGCCACAUGCUCAGCACGAGAGCACCGACCUCUAGUCGCCGAACGGCACCGACAUGAUUGUGAUUAUAAUAACCGACUCGGGUUCGAUGGCCCUCGAUUGCGAAACAAAUUCUGAAUAAUCAGUUCACAAUGAAACUGCACGAUUGUAGUUCAUCGGCGCUACUGUAAUUGUUUCUUCGAGAUUUAGCGCAAGAGCGAUUAUUUGAUCGGAAUGGUUAAACGAGACUGAAAUAUUGUACUUUCUGUUAACGCCUAUUAGCUCAGUCGAAAAAGUCUAUUUUUAUUUGCAUAAAACACAUAUGAAUCAAUUAUCUUUAUUUUUAUAAAAUCUAAUUAUAAGAUAUUUGUGAUGAACAAUGUUUAUUAUCAAAAUAUUUUUUCAUUAUAAAUAUAUAAGAGUUAUAAAUUAUUCACUUAAUAAUUCCAAAAAUACAUAUCGGUCACAUUGUCAAUUUAGCCUUUUUAUGCUUUCAAUAAUAUUAUUUAGCAAAAAUAAAAUUGUACAAUAUAGAAAUAUUGCAAUUAUUCCUUGUGAUAUUAGGGAAAUUUAAACAGAAGCCACGCCACGCGUGAGCGGGUGCACAAAAGUGUUGUAUGAUGAUUAGCCAUAUUUUUAUAUUUAUGACUUAACAAUUCAUUGAUUGUAUUAUUAUUGGCCACACUGUUUCAGUGAGUAUUUAGGCUUAAGUAUGUUAUGUAGUAUUUAUAACGUUUUAUGUGAUAUGCGUCUUAUUAUUAUUAUUAUUAUACUACAAGUAUACAAGCUUCUGUUGUAAUAUUAAUCAUUAUAUGA